CUGCUGCCUCCACCCCCAAAAUCUGAAAACUUCCUGAUUUGUGCUCAUCAAUAAUUAAGAGCCCAUCAGCAAUACUCAGAGGGAGCUUGCAUUGCACUUCUGAGCAGCCAGUUAGUAAUAUACAGUGGAGAGAUCCUCUUUUUCAAAUCCCAAGGCUCCAGGCCAUGCAAUGCUAGUAUUGCAUUUUCAAUUAGCUUCUGAGUGAAUGCUUGGCAUAUGUAGAAGUGAACUGGUACACAAUUAGCUUAUUGUUCCUUUCAGCUUUCUGCUGAGAGGAUCUGAAGGGCUGCUGAAGAGAGGGGAGAGGGGGGAAAAAUAAAGCAAAUAGCCAAGGCAGUGGCAUCUCUGUGGAUGUGGAAUAAGGGAGUUGCUCGGCUCCCGCAGAUUCCCGUGCUAAAUCAGGAGUUACAGCUGUUCCUGAGGAGCUCUCAGCCUGGCUGUGGGGACGGCGCCGGGGCACAGGCAGACCCAGACUCCAGCUCCAGGCUCUGCUCUCGUCUGACUCACCUCAGCAGCACCAUGGAGCCCAACAGCCCCAAAAAAAUACAGUUUGCUGUGCCCCUGUUCCAGAGCCAAAUAGAUCCCGAGGCAGCUGAGCAGAUCAGGAAAAGAAGGCCCACGCCAGCAUCACUCGUCAUCAUGAAUGAACACAUGCCCCCAGAAAAAGACGAGAAGAGAACAAAUAUCUCACAGGCAGAGUCGCAGAGCGCGUCUCCCAAGCAGAGGAAGCAGAGCGUCUUCACCCCUCCUGCGCUCAAAGGGAUAAAGCACCUGAAGAGUCAGAGUGAUUCAGUGUUUCCAGAAGAAGAAGAGGGAGUUGGUGAGMGGGAAGAGGACUGGAGCCACUAACCAGCCCCGAGCCCCAUCCCAGAGUGCUGAACUGACCCUUGGCCCCGUGUGUCCUGCUCUGCCCUCUCAUGGGGCUCCCAGGAGGGCCCUCGAGGGGCUCUGCAGGCACCACACAUGUGUCCUGUCACCCUUGUUCCCGGAGAUAAAACAAUUAUUUUAAAGUAAUUUUUUCUUUUAUUUUCUAUGACUUAGAAAUGUGUUAGCUCCCUGACAUCAGUACUGCCAGAACUUAACGACUGCGUGUGAGCUGUACUCUAAGGCUUGUUGUAAAUAAAAAUGGUUUAAAAGGUACAAAAUAAAUAAUACAUUAAUUUAGACAAGACUGUCUAUUGUACAGAGGGUUUGUCUGGCAUGUAGAGAAAUGUUCACAUAAAAUGAACCUUUUGGUUAAGGGCAGUUUUUACCAUUGUUGGUAGAGUUACUUGCAGUGAUGUAGAUAGGGAAAAAGUAACAAAGGAAGCAGAGGUGAUUGUCUAGAGAAGGAUGCAAAGACACUCUUCUGUGUUCCCUGGAUAUGUGGCAUUUAAAUACUUGUCUUGCUUUUGGUCUGAGGCUGCCUUGUCGCAGCAGCCAAAGG